CAGGGACACUAUCAGGGGAGCUUAUGCUUUUAUUGUUGUUAAAUCGCUUUGAGUUGUUUCCUGGGAAGCGAUUCGUAAAUAAAGUACAGUACGGUAAAUAAUAAAAUUGGGUGGGGGAGGAGGAGGAGGGUAUUGCAAAAUUAGCCGCCCAAAUUCUUGACACGAUUUACUCCAAAGUAACCCCCUUCUGAGUUCAAUGGGACUUAAUGGUCGGGCGGGGGAGAGGCAAACUUUCCUGCCCGCGAUCCGCAAUCGAAAUCUUUUAACAUUCGUUGAGGAGAAAGAUAAGGGGCGAGACAUUUGCAGAAACUGCCACCUCAAAGGGGUUAAUGCAGCCUUCCCAGAAUCCCGCGGGGUGGGCAAGAUGGCCCCUUCCAGGAGCUCGUGGGGCUGCUCCUCGAGAGUAAACCUCUUUUUCACCCGCUAGGCUGGAAGCUGCUGUGGUUGUUGCUGCCGCUCGAUUGCCUAGAGAUGGGUAAGGACUGCGUGCCUGCUCGGGAAACAGCCCUGAGAUCGUUUUCAAGCUCAGUUGGCAUUGGGGUUUUGGGGAAGGAACCGAACAGAUUCUGUGUGUGCUUACCCCAGUUGUCGUUAUUAUGGUCUGUUUGAUUUUUUUACCCACCCUUUGCCCUCGUGUCCUAGAAUGGUCCGCAACAAUUUCACGUAAUUCCUGCUCCGCAGUUGUAGAAUUUGAUCUUUUAGUGUGGCAGCACCUGUCCUUCCCUGCCCUUUGACAUCAGACAGGUUGCCUUCCCUGUACCCUUCUCAGCACCUGCAAAAACCUUGUUUUUAGCCUACUCGAUGUUUAGAAAGUUUAUGUGAGCUUUAAUCUGCUUUUAGUUUUGGUAAUUUUAUUGUUUUAUCUUUUUUGUAAACAGCUUUGAGGGUUUUGGUUUGUUUGUUUUUUACCAUCAAGCUGUACUGUAUAUAAAUUUUUUGAAAUAAACAAUAAGUAAAGGUAAAGGGACCCCUGACCGUUAGGUCCAGUCAUCCAGUCGUGGCCGACUCUGGGGUUGCGGCGCUCAUCAGCAUACAGCUGGUCAUGUAGCCAGCAUGACUAAGCCACUUCUGGCGAACCAGAGCAGCACACGGAAAUGAUGUUUACCUUCCCGCCAGAGCGGUACCUAUUUAUCUACUUGCACUUUGACGUGCUUUGGAACUGCUAGGUUGGCAGGAGCAGGGACCGAGCAAUGGGAGCUCACCCCGUCACAGGGAUUCGAACCGCCAACCUUCUGAUCAGCAAGUCCUAGGCCCUGUGAUUUAACCCACAGUGGCACCUGCGUCCGUAAACAAUAAGUAGAUAACAUUAAAAUAGUUGGAAACAAUAAUCACAUGAAUAUUGAUGUAGAAAAUAGGGGGGAACUCUGUUGCAACAGAAAAAUAAAGAACCGCCUUCCUUUCACUGCAUCUUGCCUCCAUCCAACCAUCUGACCCAUCAUGGACUCAGGGGACUCAGUCCCUUGGGGAGUUGGGCAGCAAGAGCCAACUCCCUAUUUUCUGUAUAUUAUUGCAAACUGCUUAGACUGCAAAUUGCAGUCUGUUUUGCAAACUGAAAACUGUUUUGUUUUGUUUUUCACAAUCAAGUAGCAUAUACAUUUUGUUUAAGAGAGAAGAAUAGUGUGGGUCCUAAAAUACUGUAUACCUCAAGUUUCAAAGGCUGGGGGAAGAUGUUUGUGUUCCGCCGUGAUUCUAAACAGGCCUGUUUAACAGGUCCACUGCAUUUUUGCUUUCUUCCAGAUAUGACCAUGGAGACGUGGGGCAGCCUCUAUGCUCACCUGGCCUUCUUGUGGCUGAACAGAUUCUACUUGUACUCUGGAGCGGUGUUUGGGAUCAGCCUUUGGCUCUGCAUCCAGUUUGUCAGUAAGACCAAAAAGCAGGUACUUUCCCCCACUGUUCCAGCAUCUUUGGUGUUCUUGGUGACCUUUCCUGAAGAAGGGGCCUAGCGCAUGGUGGCUGCUAAAGAACAUAUUAGAACUAUUCAGUAUAUAUAUAUAUAUUUAUUAACAAUUUUGGUUUACAUAGAAGUUACAGUAUAACCCCUUUGAUCCUGAUACUGUAUGUACUGUAGCUACCAAAUAUUGUGGAAAAUGACUUUGCUAACUUCCAUAAAUAAAUUGGCACCUACAUCCAUUUAAAAUUAAAAGUUAUUAAGUUAGUACAAUCCGCACAUACAUACUGUAUCUAGAUUGGGGAUAUCAAAUGAAGAACAUACACUGAUAAUCAAAGAACAAGUAAGUAAAAAAUAAAUAUUAUGUCAGUUUAAUGUAAACAUUUAUUAAAUUCUCAGUAUCUCAUGCAUUCCAAAUUGUUGCAUACUGUGGUUUGUGUGGGGGGGGGAGGUGUUAUUUCAUUAUUUGUAUUAUACAUAUGUAAUAAAAUUAAGCCAAACUUUGACUUAAUUAAUUUCAACUUUGUUGAAAGACUAUGUAAGCUGCAGAUGUAUAAAUUAAAAGUGGAAAUGUGGGUCCCAUGUUGCAGCCUGGGAGUCAGUGAUGUGUUUUGGGUCUGGACUGGUUGAAGACUGAUGCUUUAGGACUCCUACAGUUUUAUAUUUCUUAUUUUUCAGAAUAGAAAUCAGCUCAGAAAAUCAAGCCUUCCCCAAAUUGCUACAGAAGGGCUUGUAGGAGAGCAGAAAGGCCCCAGCACUGACAAAGUCCAUGUCACCGGGGUGAAGAUUUUUUUUGGUUCUCAGACUGGAACAGCAAAGGUCAGUGCUGUGAUAAAACCAGUGAGAUUAAAAAGUGAGUCUUCUCCUUUGGGUGGGUGGGUGGGUGUGGUGGUGGCUCUUAUUGUUCGGGGGAAGGCACUCUGUUUGUGCUCAGAGGAACUUAAUUCAUUUAUUCAUUUCUCCUUUGAAAUAAAAAUUUGAAAUUCCUCUGAUUUAGACCAUGGAACCCCUUGCAACCAUGGAUCACAAGUUCAAAUCCCCACUUGUCCAUGAAGCUCAGUGGGUGAUGCUUUGGGGCCAGUCACUGCCUCUUGGCCUAACUUACCUCACAGGGUUGUUGUGGGGAUUAACCAUGAAUGCCACCUUGAGCUCCUUGGAGAAAAAGGUGGAGAAUAAGUGCAAUAAAUAAACAAAUACAAUAAAAAAGUAUUUACUGAAGACACAUAUACGCACUGCUGUGCUACAAUAUCAAAGCAGUUUACAGCAAUACAAACAAACACACAGAAACACAUAGUCUAUUUAGAAACCACCUUAUUCUUGCAGCUGUGAUUUGUUUAAAAAUGUUUUUAAUGUUGUAUUUUCAAUUGUUGCAACCUACCCAGAAAUUGAAUAAAUAUUGUUAUAAUUAUUUUCUUUUUCUCUUUGCAGAGAUUUGCGUCAAUACUUGCUGAGUCUGUUGCCUCCCUUAACUUGCCUGCCGAAGUCAUCAACAUGAAGGACUAUGACCCAGACGACUGUCUAGGAGACGAGGUUGGUCGCUCUUCUCCCCUGCUUCUCAUUUUCUUUGGUGGGGGCCGGCUUGGAGGCACCUCAGGCAUUGCCAGCUCUCUCACUUAACUAGGCUCUUGUGCUGUUAACGGCUGCGUGGCAGGGGAAAGUUCCAGAAGUGCAACUUUCCCUGCCAGGUAGCUGCAGUGUUGGAUAAACACUUUUCCAGGACAAAGUGCAUCUGUAGAAGCCAUUGUCAACGUCCAUCUGUAGGAAGCAUGUAUGGACUCCUCUCAGGAGAAAAGUUGGCAACCUCCAAAGCUGAUUCACACAUGCAUGGGCCUCAGGAAAUGGGGAAACCUGAUGAAACUCGCUUUCACCGACUCUGUCUUAAUAGCAUACCGUAUUUUUCGCUCUAUAAGACGUACUUUUUCCCUCCUAAAAAGUAAGGGGAAAUGUGUGUGCAUCUUAAGGAGCGAAUGCAGGCUGCGCAGCUGUUGCGGAAGCCAGAACAGCAAGAGGGAUUGCUGCACAGCAAUCCUUCUUGCUGUUCCGGCUUCAGGGAUAGCCGCACAAAGUCUCUUCAACAACAUUUAAUUCAGAAUAUUUUUUUUCUUGUUUUCCUCCUCUAAAAACUAGGUGUGUCUUAUGGUCGGGUGCGUCUUAUAGAGCGAAAAAUGCGGUAUAUUGCAGGGGUGUGCAAAAGUGUAUAUGUUUAUAACAUGAGGAACCUCUGGCCUGGAAUGGGGCCUUGAACAGCUUGCCUGGAUAGUAUAUUGAUCGUAUGUUGGAAGGGUUACAGUGUAGCCUACGCUACAAAACUAAGAAGCGCAUCCACUGCUCACUUUUGCUUCUGACCACACCCACUCUUUUCGUUGGUUCCCGCCCACCACUGAAGCACUUCAUGAAUCAGGCCAAUGAGGGCCCAUCUAGUCUAGCAUCCUCCUUUCAAAGUGGCCAAUCAGGCACCAGCGGGAAACACCACAAGAAGGAUCUGCGUGCAAGAGCACUUCCUGCAACUGGUAUUCAGAAAGCAUUGCUGCCUCCAACUGGGGAGGCAUUGCAUAGCUUUCGUUAUGGAUAGUAGCCCUUGAUAGCCCUCUCCUCCAUGUCUAAUCCUGUUUUAAAGCCAUGCAAGCUGGUGGCCAUCAGUGCCUCCUGAGCAGGACUCUUGGGCUGAAAAGGAUUCCCCUCUCCUGCUCUGGGCAUUCAGAGAUGCCACAUACUGGGGACUACGGACCGAUGGCCAAGAAUGUACAAAUUGAGUGAUGAUAACUCUUUAAACUUGCGAAUAUUUACUGUGUAAUUGAUUUAAAAACAUUUCAAUUGGCUUAAAAAGGUGCCCCUGGUGAAAUGGGUCAGCAGACAUAAAAACUCGAAUAUGAUAUUUAAAUGCAAGUACAGUACUUCUAAAUCUGUAGCUAACAAGGGCCUUUGCCCUGUGUGCAAGAGAAGCAGAAGGGGGUUCCUCUUUUGAGACAGCGUUUCCUGCAAUGGAUGUGAGCUUUGUUCAAAGACAGGUGAUGCAUUUCACUUUAGAAGUCUUCACUUAUUUUCUGAGGUGCAAAUUUAUGCAGAUCUAGUGAAUUAAUCACUUGGGAGAAAAGGUGCAUUUUGCUUUAGAGAACUCACUUAUUUUUCCGUCUGCCGUUUUAUGCCGCUCUACUGUUUACCAUAUUUUUCGCCCUAUAGGACGCACUUUUUCCCCUCCAAAAAUGAAGGGGAAAUGUGUGUGCGUCCUAUGGGGCAAAUACAGGCUUUCGCUGAAGCCUGGAGAGCGAGAGGGGUCGGUGCGCACCUCGCUCUCCAGGCUUCAGGAAGCUCUGCGCAACCCUCGGGAGCCCGGCGCCAAGCCGCGCCGGGCUCCCAAAGGUUGCGCAGAGCUGCCUGCAUUCCAAAGCCUCCGGCGCACUGAAGAGUGCGCCCGGGCUUUGCGCAGCUCUCCACAAGCCUGGGGAGACCGGCGCGGCUCCCUAGGCUUGCGGAUAGCAGGCUGUUCUGGGGGCUGGGGUCGGGGGAAGCUCGGGCUUCCCCCGCGCCAGCCCCGUGCCUGGGGGGGGGGGGAAAUAAAUUUUUUUUCUUUAUUUCCCCCCCCAAAAAAACUAGGUGCGUCCUAUAGGGCGGUGCGUCCUAUGGGGCGAAAAAUACAGUAAUUGGUUAGUGAACUAAAACAUACAAUUGAGAAAACCUGUACUCCAUGCAGUUAAUAUUUCUUAGCAGUGAUUUCCACAUUGCAUGGAGUUGGACUCGAUGGCCUUUGGGAUCCCUUCCAACUCUACAAUUCUAUGAGGGAGAGGCGUAAAAAUAAUAACAGAGAAUUUUUUCCCCCAUUUGGUGGGAAUCUCUCCAGACAAGCAGCAAGAACAUCUGCGUCUUCUUAGUUGCCACUUACACAGAUGGGAAGCCGACAGAGAAUGCCGUGUGGUUCUGCAAGUGGCUAGAAGAAGCAUCCAGUGACUUUCGAGUUGGCAAAACGUACCUGAAGGGCUUGAGAUAUGCCGUCUUUGGCCUGGGGAAUUCUCUCUAUGCCGAUCACUACAACACUGUGAGUCCCUUUUGUCAUUCCUGCUAGAAUUGAUACUGAGAGCUGGUGAGAAACUGAGAUGCGGUGGGUGGGUGGGUCACAGGAGGACAUCUAGUUUGACCCAUUGCCCUCCGAGAACAGAUUCUGCUGCUAUGUGAGGCUUCCCUUGCACUUGAUCUGGAAGCUGCCAUUAGUGCAGAAUGCUGCAGCACAAUUGCUUACAGGAGUGAGGCCACGUCAGCAUAUAUCACCUCUGCUCAGAGAUCUGCGCUGCUUGCUAGUUUGCUUCCAGGUCAAAUUCAAGCUGUUACUAUUAGUAUUUUAAAGCCCUUUACAACUUGGGUCCAGUUUACCCAGGAGAUCGUCUCCCAUAUAGGCCCCCUUGACCACUUCGAUUGGUGAAACUAGUUUUGCCACGGGUGCCACAUAAUACCCAUUCCACAUUUGGAAGAAAUCCCUCUUUUUGUGCAGAAGCACCUGCACUUGGGAACUCCCUGCCUAAUGAUUUCAGGUAGGCGCCUUUGCUGUACUAUUUUUGGCGCCUGCUAAAAGCGUUCUUGUUUUUUUUACAAUCGAGCGGUGUAUGAAUUUUAUGAAAUAAGUAAUUAAAUAGUCAAUGAGAAACUGAGAUGAGGGAGAGGGCUCAAGGGAUCAUCUGAUCUGACCUGUUACCCUCAGAGAGCAAAUCCUGCCCCUAAAGAAUCUCCAGGGGAUUUCUGCCCAAUCUUCCCUUAAGAACUUGCAAGGAAGAGCAUCCCAUAACAGUCAUCUUUGACUUGUUGCUGGACUGUCCUGGCUUUUUAGACAGACCUGGUGGUUUUUAAACUAAUACCAUCCCACCACCUGCAUUUGCUCUUACAAUAUAUUUUGUUCUUUCUUUUAAAUUGGACGUAUAGCAGGAUUCCACCAGCGGGCCAGAUCUUUAGCUCCCUAGCCCUGGUGGGCUAUUUUGACAAGGGUGGCAAGGUACAUAUUGAUGGUUUUAGGACUCAAUCACCUAAAGGUCUGCCUUCCCCAGGGCUGUAGCUCAGUGACAGAGCGUCUGCCUUGCAUGCAGAAGGUCCCAGGUUCAAUCCCCGGCAGCAUCUCCUGGUAGGCCUGGGAAUGUCCCCCUGUCUGAAACCUUAGAGAGCUGCUGCCAGUCAGUGCAGACAAAACUGAGCUAGACGAACGUCACGGUUUCACUCAGGCAGCUUCCUACGUUGCUUACGCCCAGGUCUCUUGUGUUUCCGCCGCAGGUGGGCAGGAGCGUGGACAAAUGGCUGUGGAUGCUCGGGGCCCGGCGGGUCCUCUCCUGCGCCCUGGGGGACGCCAAUGUGGUGAAGAGCAAGCAUGGGAGCCUGGAGGCUGACUUUGAGGCUUGGGAGGCCAAGUUCCUGGCCAGGCUCCAGGCCCUCUGCAGAGGGGAGAAGGCGGCCUGCAGAGGGGAGUGUAAGAAGGGCAAGUGCCGCUCCAAGAGGAAAGCUGGGCAGGAGACAUCGUUGGAGCAGGAGCAGAGGGUGAGUGGGACUGGGUGUGGACAGCAAGCCAACAGUGUGAUGCUGCAGCACAAGGAGCUAAUGCGAUUCUAGGCUGCAUCAAGAGACGUCCAGUGUCCAGAUCAAGGGAGGUCAUCACGGUCUCUCAACCUUACCUGCCUCGCAGGAGGCAGGUGGCGCUGUGGUCUAAACCACUGAGCCUCUUGGGCUUGCUGAUCAGAAGGUUGGCGGUUCGAAUCCCCACGACGGGGUGAGAUCCCGUUGCUCUGUCCCAGCUCCUACCAACCUAGCAGUUCGACAGCACUCCAGUGCAAGUAGGUAAAUAGGUACUGCUGUGGUGGGAAGGUAAACGGCGUUUCCCUGCGCUCUGGUUUCCGUCAUGGUGUUCAGUUGUGCCACAAGCGGUUUAGUCAUGCUGGCCACAUGGCCCAGAAAGCUGUCUGUGGGCCUGAAAGCAAGAUGAGCGCCGCAACCCCAGAGUCACCCUUGACUGGACUUAACCGUCCAGGGGUCCUUUACCUUUUUUUUUUUUUACUUCACAGGAUUGUUGUGGGGAUUAAAUGAGGAGGGGGGAGAACUAUGUAUGCCACCUUGAGCUCAUUGGAGGAGCGAAAGGUGGGAUAUAAAUGUAAAAAUAAAGAAAUAAAUCCAGCCUAGUGGCCUUUUGUGGGGGUGGGUGGGUGGAGGAGAGCAGGGUGUUUUUGGGCCGUGUGGCAUUUGCAAGCCCUCUUUUGUUUUCACAGGAGGAGGUGGCGGAGGAGGAGCUUUUUGAGACCACGAGCGAAGAGGAUUCUGGCAAUGAAGAGGGAGAGGGUGCGAACCAGAUGGUGGAUGUGGAAGACCUGGGCAGAGUCAUGGGCCACAUGAAGAAAGCCCAGGUAACGGUGAACUCUUAUUUUCAGCCCUGUGGCUGUGUGUUCUCGUUGGUUCAUUUAUAAAAAUACUUGUAUACAGCUGUUCCUAAAUUAUUAUUAGUAUUUGUUAAAUUUUAAUACCGUCCUACAUCCGAAGAUCACAGGUGGUUUACAACUUAAGAACACAAAAUGCAUAAUAUAAUAAAGAAUACCCCCCCCCCCCGGCACACUUAAAAGAACAUAGAUUGUUUAACGGUCAAAGGUCUGGUUAAAGAGGAAUGUGUUCUCCUGGCACCUAAAGAUAUGUAAUGAAGGCUCCAGGCAAGCUUCCUUGGGGAGAGCAUUCUACAAAUGGGGAGCCACCGCAGAAAAGGCCCGUUCUUGUGUUGCUGCCCUCCAGAACUCCUGAGAAAGGGCCUCAGAUGACAAUCACAGGGUUUAAGUCAAGCUUGGAAAUCCCUAACGCCUCUAAUCCUAGACCAGUGGUACAACACAGUUUGGCAGACUCCGGUAUUAGAAAAAUAAUCUGACAAGUUCAAAGUGAUGAGAGGGCAAAAGAAGCGCGGCGGUUUUCAUGCAAUUUGAUAUGGUUUUAUUGUUUACACUGAUAACGAAGCAUGUGGUAGAGAGGUUGUGUCCAGUAUAUGGUAUGGUUUGGCUCCUAUAAGUUGUUCUCCUUGGUACCAAUGAAGAUCCGAUAAAUAAAUAUCACACUUCCAUUUUUUGGGAUGGAAAGAGUUAGUAGUGCAGAAAGCAAGAAAGCAGGCCCCAACACUUUGACAUAUCCCUGGGCUUGCCAACCUUUUGAGGGCUGCUUGGUAAAUUUGGAAUUCUGAUAAAGGGUCCUGGGCACCAGUCACAAAAUGGCUGCUGUGAGAGUGGGGUAUAUCACAAAAUGGCUGCCUUUAAGAAGGGUGUUGACAAGCUGGAACGUGUGCCGAGGAGGGUGAUCAAGGGUCUGGAAACUAAGCUUUAUGAGGAACAGUUGAAGGAGUUGUGUAUGCUUAGCCUGGAGAAGAGAAGAUUGAGAGGAGAUGUGAUAGCAGGACUGUCUCAUGGAAGAUGGAACAAGCUUGUUUUCUUUUGCUCCAGAGGGUAGGGCCCAAACCAAUGGAUUCAAAUUGCAGGAAAAGACAUUCUGACUAAACACUGGGCAGAACUUUCUGAGGGUAAGAGCUGUCUGACAGAGGAAAGGGCUCCCUUUGAUGGUGGUGGACUCUCCUGCGUUGGGAGGGCUUCAAUCAGAGGUUGGAUGGCUUUUUGUCAGGGAUUCUCUAGCUGUGAUUCCUGCAUUGCAGAGGGUUGGACUAGAUGACCCUUGGUAUUCUAUUCCAAUUCUACAGUUCCAUAACACAAAAAAGCCUCUCCUGAUCCAGCAGGUUUCUUAUGGAGAGCUGCAGAUGUACCUUCAUCCUUCUGCUCUAGGACCAACGCUAAAGAGAAUGUUUGUGCCUUCCCUGAAUUUGAUGGGGCUGGCGAUCUGUUUGUUCUGUUGCUCAUUAACACUCUGUUGCUUCUGCUAAUGAAGAAAGUGAGGCCUGGUUUUGCCAUCCCUCUGCAGAGAGAGCGUGAGCUGGACCGAGAGGUCGAGAAGACGGGGCGGCUCCAGCGGAGAGGAGAGGAUGCCUUGAGAGAAAUGAUCACGCCAGCUUUGCGGGAUGCCCUCACGAAACAAGGUGAUGGGGACUGCAAGGAGGCCCAAGGGGCAGGAGACUCCAGGGUGCAAGGAGACCUGGUGGGGGGGAAGUGCAUCUGUCCUAGGCUGAGGAGCUUGCCACCUGUCCUUGGCCUGCCUGGGCUAGAAAAAUGGACAUGAUUGGCAGGAAAAAGCUGGGUGUGAUUGGCAGGAAUUGUCUCCAGGUUCUCCAGUCUCAGUUUUCCUCUCCUGAUCAGCAGCCCUUGAACCUAAGGGGAGCUCUGCUGCGUCAAAUCAUCCAGUCCAGCAUUCUGUUCUGGCCAAACUAGAUGCCCUCAGGGAAGCCCACUAGGUAAAAGGUAAAGGGACCCCUGACCAUUAGGUCCAGUCGAGGCCUACUCUGGGGUUGUGGCGUUCAUCUCGCUUUACUGUCCGAGGGAGCCGGCGUACAGCUUCUGGGUAAUGUGGCCAGCAUGACUAAGCCAUAUUUGGCAAACCAGAGCAGCACACGGAAAUGCCGUUUACCUUCCCGCUGGAGUGGUACCUAUUUAUCUACUUGCACUUUGACGUGCUUUCGAACUGUUAGGUUGGCAGGAGCGGGGACCGAGCAACAGGAGCUCACCCCGUCGCGGGGAUUCGAACCACCGACCUUCUGAUCGGAAAGCCCUAGGCUCUGUGGUUUAACCCACAGCGCCUAACCAGGCACAAAUGCAGUUGUGGCAUCUUGCCCCUGUUGGUAAAAGGUGCUUGAAAAUGGAUCCUUUUGAGGCGCAUGCCCUUUUCUGUUCUGGUUGUUGUAUCUCUCUUUUCUCAAGCAACUGUGCCAACCUCAGGAAAGUGAGGUUGGAUAUUUGCAAAUAUAUUGUGAGUUUGAGAGCUUCCUCCUAAUAAAUAAUAAUAAUAAUAUUAAUGAUUUUAAUAUUUGUACCCUGCCCAUCUGAUUGGGUUGCCUCAGCCACUCUGGGUGUCUUCCAACAAAUAUAAAAACAUGAUAAAACACUGCACAUUAGAAAGCUUCCCUAUACAGGGCUUCUUUCAGAAGUCUUCUAAAGGUUGCUCAUUUCCUUGACAUCUGAUGGAAGGGUGUUCCAAAGAGUGUGGGUGCCACUACCGAGAAGGCUCUCUGCCUGGUUCACUGUAGCUUCACUUCUCGCACUGAGGGAACCACCAGAGGACCCUCAGAGGAGGACCUCAGUGUUUGGGCUGAACGAUGGGGGUGGAGAUGUUCCCUCAGGAAUAAUUCUACAUUCCAGGGGUCACUUGGCAGGAUUGGGGUUAGGUGCUGUUGUUGCUGCCGAUUCCCACACCCUCUGACACUGGUUCCCUUAUGAGCAGCCUUCAGGGUUGAGCACAUGCCGGUGAAUUUUACCUUUGUACGGUAGGUUCGUUUCUUCACAUUCACCCAGCCCUCUCUGUUCUCCAUCCAGGCAAGCAAAUAGGCAUUUCCAGAGUUCAAGGACCUGUUUCCAGCCAGGCUAAAACACAGGAUGAGGGUUGGUGCAGGCUCCUUUAGUCAUGUGUUUCUGCUAGAUCUCCUUACGCUCAAGAAAACAAACAAAUCUCUCUUCUGAUUUCAGGCUACAAGUUGAUUGGGAGCCACUCUGGAGUGAAGCUCUGUCGGUGGACAAAGGUAUUUAAUUUCCUUCCCUGGGUGGAUUCUUGAAUCAGUGAAGAGGAAUGUCUGUGGCCCUCCAGACCACUUCGGCAUGGCCAAGUGGUCAGGAAUGGCAGGAGCUGUGAUCCAUAGAUGCUCCUCAUCCCUUCCAUUGUGCCCACCUUUUUAAGAGAUGCCUUUCCUCUUCCGCAAAGGCCUCCUAUAAAUAAUCUCUGCUAGUUGGAUGUGUUCUGAUUCCAGUGCAUUUUUAGCUUUGGGGAUUUUUGUCUAACCGUAUUGCUUUCUAUUUGCCUCCCACCAGUCGAUGCUCCGUGGGAGAGGCGGCUGUUACAAGCACACCUUCUAUGGCAUUGAGAGCCACCGCUGCCUGGAGACCACGCCCAGCUUGGCUUGCGCCAACAAGUGUGUCUUCUGCUGGAGGUGAGAAACUGGGUAGGGGUUGUGGACACAAACCAAAGCCCGCCCCAUCCCCCCUGGUCCAGUCCAGCAUUCUCUUUUCCUGCAGUGACCAACCAGUUGCCUCUGGGAAAUCCGCAAGCCAGGCAUGACAGCAUCGUCCUUCCCCUGUGGUUCACCUUUUGAGUACCUUUUGAGCUGGAGAUAGACUGCUCCUGCACAGGGAGGUUUGCAUUUAGCUGCCAUUGCUGGUGGCCCUAGCCAGGCCACUCCUCUUAUGAUGGUAUCUUUUUCUUUUGGGGGAACGACCCAGAAAUGGGUUUUUGUGGCGGCAGAGUUGUCGCCAUUUGUAAAAUUUCCUGUAUUGGCAGCCAACUGGUUUUCAAUGGGUGGCCAAGUUUUAUAUGAGAGAGAGAGAGAGAGAGAGGAUGUGAUCGACUCCCCUUUGAAGAAAGGCUGCAGAGUUUGGGACUUUUUAGUUUAGAGAAAAGGCAAGUAAGAAGCAACAACAUGAUAGAGGCAUAUAAAAUUAUGCACGGCAUGGAGAAAGUGGAUAGAGGAAAGUUUUUCAUCCUCUCUCAUAGCACUGGAACUUGUGGACAUCCAGUGGAGCUGGAUAUUGGGAGAUUCAGGGCAAAUAAAAGAAAUCCAUUCUUAAUGCAGCACAAAGUUAAACCGUGGAACUCACUGCCACAGGAGGUCACCAACCUGAAAGAGGAUUGGACAAAUUAAUGCAGGAGGAGAAGGCUGUCAAUGAUUACUAGCCACAAUGGCUUUGCUCUGCCUCCAUAUUAAUGCUUCCGAAUACCCGUUGCCAGAAACUACAGGAGAGGAGAGUGCUUUUGCGCUUGAAUCCCGCUUGCAGGUUCCCCACAAGCAUCUGCUUGGCUACUGUAAGAACAGGAUGCUGGGCUAGGUGGGCCGUUGGCCUGAUCCAGCAGGUCUCUUAUGAAUCUGUGGCCACAUUCACACUAUAGCUAGAAAGCACUAUGAUACCACUUAAAACUGUCUUGGCUUCCCCCAAAGAAUCCUGAUAGCAGUAGUUUGUUAAGAGCUAUUAGGAGGCCCAAUAUUCCCUGCACAUGGCUACAGUUCCCAGAAUUGUUUAAUCAUCCCUUUCCACAGGGAAGCCUGGGAAUUGUGGUUCCGGGAGGGGAAUGGGGAUCUCUCCCAACAACUCUCGGCGUCCUUAAUGAACUACAGCUCCCAGAAUUCUUUGGGGGAAGCCAUGACUGCUUAGAGUAGUAUCAUAGUGCUACGUGAAUGUGGCCUAAAUCUUAGUGUCCACUAAUGGGGACAGAAUGCUGAAAACUUGAUUAAUUAAGGCUUUUCUUACAGAGGGAAGGAGGGGUGCCUUAUAUGUGUGGGAGGUAGCUUUGUACAGUGGUACCUCGGGUUACAUAUGCUUCAGGUUACAUACGCUUCAGGUUAUAGACGCCGCUAACCUAGAAAUAGUGCUUCAGGUUAAGAACUUUGCUUCAGGAUGAGAACAGAAAUCGUGCUCCGGCGGCGCGGCAGCAGCAGGAGGCCCCAUUAGCAAAAGUGGUGCUUCAGGUUAAGAACAGUUUCAGGUUAAGAACGGACCUCCGGAACGAAUUAAGUACUUAACCCGAGGUACCACAGUACAAUCUAUUCACAGUGACUAUGGUGUAGUAUAUAUUUAAUUCAUAUUAAAUUAUUUUCAGGCACCACACAAACCCUGUGGGCACAGAGUGGCGGUGGAAAAUGGACCCUCCCGAAAUGAUCUUGCAGGAGGCCAUUGAGAACCACCAGAGCCUGAUCAAGCAAUUCAAAGGUAUUCCAGGGGCUGCCUGUGCUCUUGCUCAGUGCCUUGCAAUCACAAGGCAGCAUCUCCAAGCAGGAGUGGGAGAAACUGCCUGAAACCGCUGCCAAUAGGCCAUGUUCGAAAUUCCCCAGGUGCCAGGUGCGUUUUGCUACUGGCGCAGAUCCAAUUGCAAGUACGUGGAGAUUUCUGGGUGCCAGGUUCUUACUCCCUCCUCCCUCCCAGUUGUCAGCUUCUUUCUUCCAGUCCCUCAGUGGGUGGAGCUGUUUAGGCUACAUCUGCGCAAGACCACAGAGACCCCUCUUCUCCUCCUCUUCUCCUCCGUUUUGCAGGUGUCCCGGGCGUGAGGAACGACCGUUUUGAAGAAGGGAUGGAACCCAAGCACUGUGCCCUGUCUCUUGUUGGGGAGCCAAUCAUGUACCCCGAAAUCAACCGUUUCCUAAAGCUGCUCCAUCACAAGAACAUUUCAAGCUUCCUAGUUACAAAUGCACAGUUCCCAGAGGAAAUCAGGUGAGGCCCGGUAGAGAAGCUGCUUUUCUCGUUAUCCUUCCAUCUAUUUCCUGUGGUUUUUUCUCCCAAGGCCUCAAGAUGGCAUACGGGGUUCUCUGCCUCCCCGUUUCACCCUCACAGCAGCCCUGUGAGGUAGCUUAGACUGAGAGACCAGAAUUAUUGGGAAAAGGUUCAGAAAAGGGCAGCCAGAGGGAUCAAGGGGAUGCAGUGACCCUUAUGAAGAAAGCUUGCAGCGUUUGGGACUUUUUAGUUUAGAGAAAAGGUGAGCAAAAGGUGACAUGAUACGAGUUUAUAAAAGGCAUGCAUUGCAUGGAGAAAGUGGAUAGAGAAAAGAUUUUCUCCCUCUCUCCUAAUACCAUGUUGGAAGAUUCAGGACAGGAAAAAAGGACUUCAGGAGGGGAGGUUGAUCUUGUGCUCAAAUCCUGCUUGGGAAGUUUCCUAUUGAGGCAUCUGGUCAACCACUGUGAAAACAGGAUGCUGGACUAGAUGAUGAUGAUAAUAAUAAUAAUAAUAAUAAUAAUUAAUUUAUUUAUACCCCAGCCACUCUGGGUGGCUCCCAACAAAAUGAUGAUGGUGAUGAUGAUAAAGAUGAAAAAGUGGUAAAACAUCAAACAUUAAAAACUUCCCUAAACAGGGCUGCCUUCAGAUGUCUUCUAAAAGUCAGAUACAGUAAUACCUUGGGAUGUGAAUGGGAUGCGUUCCGGAGCCCCGUUCGCAUCCCAAGCAGAACGCAAGAUGCAAUGGUGCAUGCGCAUGCCGUGUUUCGCCGCUACCACGCAUGCGUGUGACGUCAUUUUGAGCGUCUGCGCAUGCGCGAGUGGCGAAACCCGGAAGUAACGUGCUCCGUUACUUCCGGGUUGCCGCGGAGCGCAACUCGAACGCGCUCAACCUAAAGCGCAUUCAACUCAAGGUAUGACUGUAGUUGUUUAUUUUCUUGACAUCUGAUGGGAGGGCGUUCCACAGAGCGGGCGCCACCACCGAGAAGGCCCUCUGCUAUUGGCCUGAUCCUGCAGGGUUUUUCUUAUGCUCUCAUGCCUUGCUGAAAUGUUUCCUUGACCUGUGACAAUUUCUCUUCCUUCCCUGGAUAUGUCCAGGAACCUUAGACUUUUGCAUGUGUGGAAUGUAGCUUACUGUACGAAGCAUCCAUCACUCCACCUGCUUUUUGCUGCAGGCGUGUGGCCCCCAGCAAGUUAAUCAGGAGGGCAUUUGGCCCUUGGGUUAGAAAAGGGUUCCCUGGCCCUGCUUUAGACAAGCUCUUUUUCCUUUGCGAGGGAGGGGGAAAUGUAUCUUGAUUUUUCUUUGGAUACAGCAUUCUAAACUCUCUUGGGGCCUCCCCCCCUUCCCUUCCCUUCCCUUCCCCUCCUGCCGAAAAGGAGCCUCGAACCUGUGACGCAGCUCUACGUCAGCGUCGACGCAGGCACCAGAGACAGCUUGAAGAAGAUCGACCGGCCUCUCUUCAAGGAUUUCUGGCAGAGGUUUCUGGACAGCUUGCAAGCCUUGGCAGAAAAGGUACCCUGUUCAGUUGUUGUCAUUCUCUCUCACCCUCCAUUGCUGCAAUAAGGUAAGUGAAAGGUUGUGAUCAAGCUGAAGGCAUUUCAGCUUGAUUCUCUAGGCCAAAAGCUCAGGUUUUAUUACUUUUAUUAUUAUUAAAUGAUUAUGCAUUUAUUUAUUUUUUAGCACAUUUUAUUUUUUACAACCAUUAUUUAAAUAAAAGCAAUGAAUGUUUUCCAGAGGGUCUGGCUUCUGCUAAACUGUGCUCAAAUAGUGAGCUUUAGUAAGAUUUGCACCUGCUUAUUCAAAACUUAAGACGAGAAACAUAACAGCAUGUGCUUUGUCCUUUCUAGAAGAUCAAUUUUUAUGCAUUUUUAUCCCGCCUUUCUCCCAGGGUGGCUCAAACGAGUUAAAAGCAGCACAGAUGCAACAGAAAAAGCUAAAAACAUAUAAAAGGCAAUCGUUAAAGAGUAAUUAAUCUCUAAUAGGAUUAAGACAAUAUAAAAAACAAAUUUUUAAAAAAUACAGUUAUAAUAAAAACAGCACAGUCUUAUUAAAAGCCCUUUCCUUAAAAAAACCAGCCAGUCCACAAAGGCCUGUCGGAAUAAAACAGUCUUCACUUGCCGGCAGCAGGACAAGAAGGGAGCCAGUCUAGCCUCUCUAGGAGGGAGUUGCAAAGUCUGGGAGCAGCCACUGAGAAGGCCCUGCCCCGCAUCCCCACCAAGCGUGCCGGUGAGGGUGGCAGGAUUGAGAGAAGGGUCUUCACCAAAGACCUCAGAGCCUGGGCAGGUUCAUAUGGAAGAAUAUGGUCUUUCAGAUAGCCCCUCCACCUCUCCGUGUCAUGCCUGGCACAAUAUUUCAUAUUUGCUAGCAUUGCCUUUUUAGAUCACAGGGCAGGCAUAGGCAAACUCUGGCCCUCCAGAUGUUUGGGACUACAAUUCCCAUCAACCCUGACCACUGGUCCUGUUAGCUAGGGAUGAUGGGAAUUGUAGUCCCAAACAUCUGGAGGGCCAGAGUUUGCCUAUCCCUACCCCAGGGUGACUAGGGAUUCACCCCCCCCCCAAUUCUUAUUUUUGUUCAAUUUUGUUUAUUUAAAUGUUUAUCAGCUACACUCUCAUAUAAAGCAUCACAAUUCUAUUAAUGUACCCUUAACAAACUAUCAUUCCCAUAAUUAUUUGGGGGAAGCCAUGAGUGUCUAAGUGCAUGGUGUUAGUGUGACCUUAGUCUCCCUCUCUCACUUUGUGGCCUCUUCCACUGCGUGUGACCGAAAAGCUCACUAUCUGCAGCUUUCAAAAUGUGGUCAGAUAACAGAAUUCUGUAGUGCAAACAGUUUUGAUCAGGGCUAUGCAGUCCUGACUGUCACCUUCUUUUCGUUGUUGAUGUGGCGCAGUUUAAUUUGAACCCGCUUCCUUUUUCCCCUGUCAGCAACAGCGCACUGUCUAUCGGCUCACGCUGGUGAAAGCCUGGAACGUGGAGGAACUGAAGGCCUAUUCUGACUUGGUGUCUCUUGGCAAACCGGAUUUUAUCGAGGUUAAAGUGAGUUGUUGAUCAUCAGGGUGGCAUCGUCCUUCUCAUAACAGACUUCACCACCACCUCCACCCUCCCUGAGUGCAAAUUCAGCCUACCAAAACAAUGAAAGUUUGCACAGCUAACACUUUGCAGUGAUGGUUUGCAUGGGCCUGGAUCCAAAAAGCACACCAAAAUACCCAAAGGGCAGGUUGGGUUUGGCUGCUCUUGUUUGCACUUCAGACCUGCCUUUGCAAAAAUAGUUUGUGGGUUUGUGGAGGGGAGAGGGAGAUCUGUCACUGCUGGCAGAGUGGAGUCUCCCUGUCCAACAGCAGUAUGGCUGACUUGCUUGUUCCUGGGUUCAAGGGAUGGGAGAGGGCUGUCACCUUUGUGUCCCUGCUUAUGGCCUUCCCCGAGGCAUCUGGUUGGCUGUUCUGCUGGGCUUAAUGGGCCUUUGGUCAAGGCUUCCCCCAAAGAAUUCUGGGAGCCAUAGUUUGCUACUGCAAUGCGCUCUAUGUGGGACCACCUUUGAAGGUGACUCGGAAACUGCAAUUAAUCCAGAAUGUGGCAGCUAGACUGGUGACUGGGAGUGGCCGCAAAGAGCAUAUAACACCGGUCCUGAAAGAUAUUCAUUGGCUCCCAGUACGUUUCCGAGCACAAUUCAAAGUGUUGGUGCUGACCUUUAAAGCCCUAAACGGCCUCAGUCCAGUAUACCUGAAGGAGCGUUUCCACCCUCAUCAUCCAGCCCAGACACUGAGGUCCAGCGCUGAGGGCCUUCUGGCGGUUCCCUCGCUGCGAGAACUGAGGUUACAGGGAACCAGGCAGAGGGCCUUCUCAGUAGUGGCAUCCACCCUGUGGAACACCCUCCCAGCAGAUGUCAAGGCAAUAAAAAACUAUUUUACUUUUAAAAGACCACUGAAGGCGGCCCUGUUUAGGGAAGUUUUUAAUGCCUGAUGCUGUAUUGUUUUUAAUAUUCGGUUGGAAGCCACCCAGAGUGGCUGGAGAAACCCAGCCAGAUGAGCGGGGUAUAAAUAAUAAAUUAUUAUUAUUAUAUAGGGGGCUGAGCGGUGUUAGGAGACCCUGUCCCAGAACAACAAUUCCUAGAGUGGUUUAACAGUCAAUCCUUGUCCCCAGUGAACUCAUGGAAUUGUAGCUAUCUGAGGGGCCUCCUAACUCUCAGUGCUCUUCACAAACUACAGCUCCCAGAAUUCUCAGUGGCAGGGAGCCAGGGCUAUUUAAAGUGGUAUUGUAGUGCUUUAAACGUGUAGUGUGAAUGUGUCCCCUCUUCUCCAGCCAGGCCCAAACAAGGAGGAUGUGAUGCAGGGCUGGUGAGAGGUGUGGCCUGGGAAGAGUGGGUGUAGUGGACCACUUGAGUCCCGGACUGGUUGGACACAGAGAAAUGGUGGGAGGAACCAGCUGGGAAACCUCCAAGGGAAGAAGGCUCAGAGCCCGGGGAGUGGUGGUGGGACAACGAUAAGUGACCAGAGGGAGAAGCCUGGGAGAAGGAAGUGUCAAAAGCUGAAGAGGCAACAUGGUUUAAUGAGAAGGGAGAAAGAAUCUGUGGCAGAGCGAAGCCCAGACUCGGAGGCAGAAGCUGAAACAGGGGAGGAGGGAGGCCAAGAGGCAGAGAGGAGUCAGGCUGGUGGAGAGUCCUAGGUAUCUCCCCCUUCUUCUGCGACAAGCUCCACCCCCCUCCUGGUCUCCCAGAACCAUAAGAGGCAUGAAGAGGGCAGAGGACAGUUUGGCUUCACACAAGUGCAGUCUCUGAUUGCUAGGAAAAAGCCCUGGCGAGGCGGGAACUUAGACGGCUGUUGGAAGAUGGGGAUUUUGAGUCUUGGCAACUGAUCCAUGAGACAAGGUCUACAGAGAUGAACUGCUGUGCUCAUUUGGCCUGGCACUCUACCAAGCCUGUGUAGAUUAUGUUCUUGCUAAUAAAGAGAAGUCCAACUUGGAGCGAUGUGAUUUAGUGCUGGCUCGCAUGUGACCCCCAGACCAGUUUCCCUAUCCCUUCCUCUACAGACCUGAAACGUUUUCCUCUUUCUCUGACAGGGUGUGACCUACUGUGGAGAAAGCUCAGCCAGCAACCUCACCAUGGCCAACAUCCCGUGGCACGAGGAGGUGGGGCACUUUGUCCAGGAGCUGGUCGACCUCCUCCCGGACUACGAAAUCGCCUGCGAGCACGAGCACUCCAACUGCCUCCUGAUCGCCCACAAGAAGGUAGGCGGAUCCUUUUUUUGCCACCAUUGAUUUGAACUGUCGACCUCAAGUUUCUGAUCCUUAAGCUUGCGAAGAUGUCUUCAGCUUAUAUAUUUUUUUCUUUGCUCGCUGCUUUUCAAUCGUAACACAGUUCAAAACGCUUCAUGGCAGUGACAGUAAGUCAAUAUUUACACACACAAAAACAAACAUCUUUCUGUACUUCUUAGCCACGUGUCGACAGUGGUUGUACCCUGCUGAGAUGGGAAGGACUGGGUUGCUUUCUGUAGCUGGCAAAAUAAUAAGCACUAUCCUAAAUAAAAUCCAUUUAUUAAAAAAAACAAAAAAAAAAAACAAAAAAACCCCCAAACAUCUCACCGAUUAAAACAAUAUUGUAAAAACUAAAGCAGAUGCAAACGUCGGGAAAAUGGUAGAUCAAACAAAGGCACAAAUAGUGUUUAGAAAAUGGUCAGGUGUAGUCACGGGGGAAAGGAACUGAUAAGUCUUUAUUUACCUCUCCAAGGAAGGGAGAGAACGUCUCACCCUGACCUUGAUCAAAAUCAUCAAGGGGGAACUCUGGUGUACCCCAACCUGGGCACUAUAAUUUUGAAUCGGAUAAUGGAAUUCUAUAGCACACACAGUUUUGAUCAGGACUUUGCAGUCCUGACUGUCAUCAUCUUUUUGUUGUUGAUGCGGCAGAGUUUAAUUUGAAGCCUCAAGCUUGUGCCAACUGAGCUUGCUGUCUCUGAUUUGAUCUUUUGUUCUUUGUCCCGUUGUUGUUUUUUUAAUUUAAAAAAAACAAUUUUUCUGGAGGGGGACGAUCAAUGGUUCAUGGGGGUGUGUGUCUCCCUUUCCUUUUGCAGUUCAAGAUCAGCGGGGAGUGGCACACCUGGAUCAACUACGAUCGCUUUCAGGACCUCUUCCGCCAGUACGAGCAGAGCGGGGGAGCCAAGACGUUCACCUCGGCUGACUAUGUUGCCCCGACUCCUCAGUGGGCUGUCUUUGGGGCGAAGGAAAGGGGCUUUGACCCAACGGACACCCGAUUCCAACGGAAGAACAAAGCCAAGGACAUCUCGGGGUGUUGACACUCUCAAAACAACAACAGCCAGAACUCCUCUUAGAGCCACAGUCUACAGACAAGCCUUCACCUUCCAGUUGAUUUGGACUACAACUCUCAUCAUGCUGGCUGGGGGAUGAUGGGAAUUGUAGUCUUGAGAAAGCCAGGUUGGUUUAAGAUCAUUUCAGGGAGAUUUUAGCAUUUUCAUUAGCCUCGGAAACCUUUGCAAGGAGGUCUUUGAUAACCACCAGACAAAUCUGAGGCGGGUUCUCAUCUUCUGCUCUACUCACUGAUGAGCAGUGUGCUUUCGAAGAAGCAGGCAAGAGCAAUUUGUCAUUUUUGAGCAAAAGGUAACCCUGAAAACUUUGUGCCUCUCACCCCUCCCCAAGCGGGGGCAAUAACUGCACCUCGUUCUGUUUGCAGUCCUGGAAACCCAGUGUUGCCUUUUUGCCUUCUCAAUUGAUCCCUUCGGUGUGGUCAGAUUCCUGCCACGUAGUCAGUGGUUCCGUGGGUUUCUGUGUGCGAAAUUUGCACCCCUGAACAUUCCCCAGUUGCAUUUCCACAGGUGAUUUUUGCUCCAUUUCAUAUAGCACUGUAGGAUGGAGGGGAGGUAGGAAGAUCAUAGACCCCACCAAAAUGACCCUUGGCAUGCUUCGUUCUUCCAGAUUGUGGAUGGUGGAGUUUGUCCCAAAGGGGGCUUGGGCGUCUCUCCAGACCUGGGCCCUGCAGGAACAUGAGGGAACUGUGUUUCUGGUGUCACGCCUGAAGCAAGAAGCCAAGCCCUUGAACUCUACGCUACCUUUGGGGUCUCUGUUCUUUGGGUAACCUGGCUCAGCUCUCAGGAAACAGAAAACAAAGUUGCCUUAAAUUUGGGUGCUGGCAGCUUAUCAAAGGUCUGUCUCGCUUAACUGGAUUCUGCCACACUUGAUCUGGUUUAACUACCACCGUGUGCUUACACUAAGGCAACGUUCACCCGCCUGCGGUAGGGCUGCACAUUUAGAGCAGCGCUACAUAUAUAGAGCUAUCUGAUACUGCUUUAAACUAGAUUUCCUAAUAGUUUGCCUUAGGCUGUGCCGCAUUCAUGUGAAAUUCCCCUUUUGGCCGAAGAGAUCAAAUAUCUGUGGCUACAACCAUAGGACCCUCAUGUGUGGGUCAGGGAACGUUUUUGAAACACUUGCUUCAGUUGCUCAGGCAUUGGAAGAGGCAAGCAAGUUUUAAAUGGAAUAAUAGCUCCUUGCUUGUUCUGGCAGGGGAUGGCGCUACCACAGGAAAUGUUUGGACUCUGGGCUGGAUUUGUCCCACCAGGCCUCUCCCAUUUACCCUAUGAGGCCAUCCCGGAUGGGCCACGCCCAUAUGACGUUAGGAAAUGAUGCGGCUCCCUGCUGGAGGCGGGAUUUGUAGGCACUGCCCAUCAGCAGAUCAUCUGCAGCAGCCUGUUCCUUUGCUUGUGAGGUUUGAUUUCAAACCACUCAGGCAAAGUAAAAUGAGCCACCUGAUGCCUUUGAGGGGGUGGCUGAAUCCAGUUCCUGGGGCUGCAGUAAAAACUAUUAACCCAUCUCUGGCUUGUGUUAUUACUCUCCCAACUCGGCACACAUUUCUGUCUAGGAAUUGCGCCGUGCGAAAAAUGAAUUUUCUGCAGCAGUGCCAUGUUUGGGGUCCCCUUCUGGGCCUUGUCCUCUGUUAUCUACCACUGUUUGAUUUUAUUACACUGGUCUUUUUAAAACAGAUAUUGCGUUACAAUUUUCCAACCCUGUGAGGUAAGUUGGGCUGAGAGGCAGUGACUGGCCCCUCACAGUCACCCCCAAUGUGAGUCACCCCCUAACUCUCCAUCCAUCAGGUGCUCAAAAACUCUCAUUUCACCCCCAGUUCAGAAAUCCCAGCGUUCAUCCAUGCUGUUUGGAAUAUGACAGGCAUAAACGACAACCCGGAUUUCUUCAAUAAAAAGGCUGUUCCUUACCCAGCAGGAAGGAUAUGGCACACCCCAGGGUCCAAUUAAGUUGUUAAAAAUUACGCAUUUGGCCUUUCCAUUUUUUUAUCCGCCUUUAGCUAAAGCUACGGUAACUUUUGAUAUUGCUGUUGUGGUAAAAUGAUAAAACCUUUACAAGCUGAGAUAAAAGAGGCCCAAAUGCC